AUGCGGCUGGCGGUGCUCUUGGUGCGGGCGGUGACCCCGCCGCCGCAGAACUGGAACAAGCACGACCUUUACGACUGCGUCUUCUUCCUGCGCGUCGUGCUGGCAAUAGCGAUGGGCGCACUGUAUGGCACCAUUGGCGCGCAAGGCCUCAUGGUCUUCCUCUCUUUCAUGGGUGUCAAUGCCUUUGUCGGCAACGCAUGGCUCAAAUGGCAGGGGAUUGAUGAGACGGAGUGGGAGGAUCCCGAUAAGAUCUCGCAGAGCCCGCUGACCUUUGAGGGCUUUGCGCCUAGCGUAUCCUUUUUUGUGACAUUGGGAGCCGAAUGUAACAAGUACUUGAAGGGCACAGGCAGCCGUAGGCAGGGGUUUGAGCACCUGGACGACCUGGAGGAGGAGCUGAUGGCGGCGGCGCGGCGUGGCGAGCAGCUCGACCUCCCCAGCUUCCUCGGCAGCGGCGGCGCCGCGGUGCCGCCGCUGCUGUACGCCGACGACAUGGUCCUGCUGGCCACCUCAGCGUCCGGGCUGCAGCGGCAGCUAAACCUGCUACAGCAGUACUGCCGGCAGUGGGGCCUCACUGUCAACAUCGACAAGACCAAGCUCAUGCUGCUCAGUGGGCGGCGGACCCAGCACGCGGCGCAGCAGACAGCAGAGGCAGCAGGCCUCACCUUCGCCGGCCAGCAGCUGGCGGCAGUCACCAGCUUCAAGUAUCUCGGCAUCGCCUUUCACUCCAGCACCUGCCUGGCAGGGGCAGCAGCGCCAGCCCGGGCACAGCUGGCGCGCCUGGCUAUGCACAACUGCCGGACCCGCUGCGCAGAGGUGGGCAUCGAGGCGGCGCCCGUUCAGCUGCGGCUUUUCGGCACCAUGGUGGACUCGGUGCUGCCCCAUGGUGCUGAGGUGUGGGGCGUGCAGCUGGCGGCCAAAGCGGCGUGCUGCCAUCGUGGCAGUGCCGGCAGCGCGGCCGAGAAGCUGCAGCUCAGCUACCUACGCCACCUGCUGGGGGUCCGGCAGAGCACCCCCAAUGCGGCCCUCCUUGCGGAGACUGGCGAGCGCCCGCUGUGGCAGCGCUGGCUGCGGCGGGCAGCCAAACUCUGGAACAAGACGCUGGAGGAGCGUCCCGGCAGCCUGUUGCAGCAAGCGCUGUUGUCCAGCGUGCAGCUCGCAGAUGGCGCCCACCCCCUGGCACAGCAGUCCUGGGCUGCCCAGCUGGCGGCCGGUCUCGCAGCGGUCGGCAUGCAGCUGGACCUGCAGCAGCCAGCACCUGUUGACCUCGGCGAGCUGGGGGAAGCUGCGCAGCGCCGCCAGCUGGCGCAGCUCCAGGAGGCGCUGGCGAAGGGCGGCGCCUGCCGGCUGGAGCACUAUGUGCACAACGUGGUGGGCGCCCUCAACCUGGCGCCCGCCAUGUUUGGGCAGCGCGAGACCUACCUGGAUGCAGUACGGCGUCGGCAGGACCGCGAGGCGCUGGCGCAGCUGCGCACCGGGUCGCAUUGGGGCGCGGAAGAGACCGGCCGCUGGACGCGGCGCCCCCGAGAGCAGCGAGUCUGCCCCCACUGCCACGACGGCAUUGAAGAUGCCCCCCACAUGCUGCUCACCUGCCCCCUUUACGCCCCGCUGCGCCUCAACUUUCCUGACCUGUUUGCUGAGCCCCAUCCUCCCCACCGCUUCCUCCGCCAGAAACCGUGCUGCCUCGCCGCCUUUGCUGCCGCCUGUCACCAGCGCUGGCUGACCGCCACCGUUGCGCUGCCUGCAGUCCCGCCCUGA